AUGAACCCAGCGCAGUCUUCAGAGCCCCAGGUGGUGUUAGAUUCAAAGAAAUUCAAAGAUCAAGUUGCCAUUGUCACAGGUGCGGCGCAGGGUAUAGGGCAAGUGGUAGCUCAGUUGUUUGCAGCGCAAGGGGCGAGCGUCGUGCUCGUUGACAUCAACAAAGAGGGAGUCGAAAAGGUUCAGCAGCUGUUAUUGGCUCAAGGUGGAGUCGUGUCACAUCGGAUUUGUGACGUUACCGAUGAGAAACAGGUCCAUGAGACCAUCAACGAAGUUGUCGCUACGUUAGGGAAGGUGGACAUCCUCACCCAUCUAGCCGGCAUAUAUCCCGCGAAGCCACUGCUACAAGUCAACUUGGCCGAGUAUCGCAAAAUAUUUCAGGUCAACAUGGACAGCUGCUUCUUCUUGACUCAAGCAAUACUGCCGCACAUGCAAAAACGAGGAUAUGGGAGAAUCAUCAACACUUCGAGCCAGACCAUCAUCAAGCCUGAGCCGGGUCUAGUCGUGUAUGCAGCAUCCAAGGGAGCUGUGGCAGCGUUCACGCGAGCUUUGGCGACUGAAACAGGUCCGGGAGUUACAGCAAAUUUCGUGUCUCCAACCUUGAUUGCGACCGAGAGAACGCAAUGCAGCGAGCACGCAGCGCCAUUGUUUGCAAAGAUGCUGGCUCAGCAGUGUGUCAAGAGGGUGGGUCUACCACAAGAUGUGGCUCAUGCUAUCAUGUACAUUGCCAGCCCUGAGGCAGGGUUCAUCACUGGUCAGAUGUUUGAUAUCGGUGGGGGCUCGUAUUUCAAUUGA